AUGAUGCCAAUAGCCGAUAACUUGAGAAUGAUGUGUCGUGAUUCGCGAGGAAAUCAGGAAACGAAACACGUCGGACGCGUCGAUCGACAGACGGAAGUGGCAGUUUAUCGUCGCCUGCAGUGUCUCCUGGCCCGCGAGUUUCAUUCGACCAGUCGGCUAUAUCUACAGGUUGCUUUCCAUCGCUAUUUGAUUGGUUAUUUCGAAUUUGCGGACUGUAUGGACAGCGGUCCAGGAAGCCCGUAG